ACGAGAUGAUCCCUCGCGGUGAAGGCAGUGUGGCUUCGUUUAUAAGAGCCGAACAGCAGGGAAGGCGCGCUUGCGCUUGCGCGCGUGUGUGUGUGUGUGUGUGUGUGUGUGUGUGUGUGUGUGUGUGUGUGUGUGUGUGUGCGUGCGUGUGCGCGUGCGCGUGCGUGUGCGUGUGUGUGUGUGUGUGUGUGUGUUUUGUGUGUGCGUACGUGCACGUUGGGGGGGAUUAAAGGCAAAUGCUGAGAGCUGAAAGUCAGUUUGUCAGCGAGAGGGUUUUCAGGAGGUAGGGCGAUGAUGGAAAAAAAGAGCUAGCGAUUACGGGAGAGAGAGGGGGGAGAGAGAGAGACAGAGAGAGAGAGAGAGAGAGAGAGAGAGAGAGAGAGAGAGAGAGAGAGAGAGAGAGAGAGAGAGAGAGAGAGAGAGGGGGGGAGAGAGAGAGAGAUAGAGUCUGUGAGUGGGAGAGAGAGAGAGAGAGAGAGAGAGAGAGAGAGAGAGAGAGAGAGAGAGAGAGAGAGAGAGAGAGAGAGAGAGAGAGUCUGUGAGGGGGAGAGAGAGAGGGACUCUGUGAGGUGGGGUGAGAGGUGUGUGUGUGUUUGCGGGGGGGGUGAGGCCGCGGCAGCUGCAACAGUAGCGCCUUCAGACUCUCUCUGAAAGUAAGAGAUAAAGAGAGAGGAGGAUGCAGUCUUCGCCUUCUUCUGCUCUGAAUUUUGAGGGAUUAACGAACCAGUAUAAGACGACGUGGAUCCAACCGUAGAAGGAAAUGGCAUCGAUCAGCGGGCCUUUUCCCCGUUAGAGGCGACGGAGGGCUCGCGUUAACCCCGGUGACCUGUCACACAGCUGUGUUUUUAUUUGUUUGUCGGUCUCCUCACCUCCUACCGUGGAACGGGACUUACGGGAAGCGUAUCGCCGCUUGUUAUGGAGCAGAAUCCCGCGUCGAAAUGAGUUUUAACGCGCGGGAUGGUUGGAACGGGUCCUCCACACCGGCGCUUUACGCGGAGGAGAGCUCUCCGCUCUCCAACCUCUCCCUCUCUGCCGGGACCCACGCGGACUCCAACGGCACGGCUCCACUGGACCUGAGCCGGGCUAUCCCGGUGGGAAUGGUGCUCGCCUCUUUCAUCAUGUUCGCCAUCGUGGGCAACAUCAUGGUCAUACUGUCGGUGGUGUGCAACAGGCAGCUGCGCAUCCCCACCAACUACUUCAUUAUCAACCUGGCCAUCGCCGACCUGUUGCUGGGCACGACGGUGCUGCCCGUGUCCGCGACGCUGGAGGUCCUGGAUUACUGGGUGUUCGGGAGGAUAUUCUGCGACAUUUGGGCCGCGGUGGACGUCUUGUGCUGCACGGCGUCUAUUAUGUCGCUGUGCGCCAUCUCCAUCGACCGGUACAUCGGGGUGAGCUACCCGCUCCAGUACCCCAUGAUCGUGACCAAGAAGCGGGCGCUCUUGGCGAUGCUCGGGGUCUGGGUGCUGGCCAUUAUCAUAUCCAUCGGGCCGCUGCUGGGAUGGAAGCAGCCUCCCUCUCAGGACGUCAGGGUGUGCCCCAUCACGGAGGAGCCCUUCUACGCGCUCUUCUCCUCGCUGGGCUCCUUCUACAUCCCGCUGGCCGUCAUCCUGGCCAUGUACUGCCAGGUGUACGUGGUGGCCAAGCGCACCACCCGCAACCUGGAGGCCGGCGUGGUGAAGGAGAACUCCAACGAGGUCACCCUCCGGAUCCACUGCCGCAACCAGCAGAUCCAGGACCUGUGCGUGGGCAAGGACAACGGCCACGGAGCGACGGGGGGCCGCACCGGCAACCUGACGGUGAAGCUGCUCAAGUUCUCACGGGAGAAGAAGGCGGCCAAGACGCUGGGCGUGGUGGUGGGCAUGUUCAUCCUGUGCUGGCUGCCCUUCUUCCUGGUGCUGCCCAUCGGCUCCUUCAACACCAACCUGCGGCCCUCCAAAACAUUUUUCAAGGUCAUCUUUUGGCUGGGCUACUUCAACAGCUGCCUGAACCCCAUCAUCUACCCCUGUUACAGUCGGGAGUUCAAGCAGGCCUUCAUCCGCAUCCUGCGCUGCCAGUGGAAGAAGAAGAAGAAGGGCUGGCAGGCCUACUACAACUACCGCUGCCAACAGGGCUCCAACACCUCCUCCUUCCUCAACGGCAGCCAGCAGACUCUCUCGUCCAUGCACCCCAGCCCGCGCUGCGUCGCCACGCGCCUGGACCCCGCCCCCUGGACCUCCAGAGGGGGGCACUUCCUCUCGCCGCCCCCCCCCCCCGCUCCCCGGGAGUCCCUGUGCGGGGCCGCAGGUCCAACGCGCGGCCCCGGCCCCCGCGGGCAGGGCCCCCCCGGUGAAGCCCGUCUCCCCCCUGGCGAGGGAGGUCGGGGCGGGGGCCGGCCGUGGGACGGGGGCGGGGUCGCGGCGGGAGGCGUCGCUGUUGGCGAACGGACAGAGUUUGAAGAAGCACCGUGUGGAGGUGCAGCGGGAUGUUGCCGUGGCGAUGCGUGGGGAGUCGGCUGACAGCUAAUCCGCCCACACACACACACACACACAGACACAGACACAGACACAGACACAGACACAGACACAGACACAGACACAGACACAGACACAGACACAGACACAGACACAGACACAGACACAGACACACACACACACACACACACACACACACACACAGACACAGACACAGACACAGACACAGACACACACACACACACACACACACACACACACACACACACACACACACACACACACACGCACACACACACUGACAGGGAGCUGCUGCUAGUCAGCCAAUGACGCGAGACAAUCGAUCAAGGUGGUUUGUGGACCCGAUCGACGGACAGAGAAGUCGAUCUAGAGUGGCAGGACAGUCUAGGGACGUGUGGUAUUUAGCAUCGGUGGAAUACUUUGACUGAAGCCUCCAAUCGCUCUCUCUCUGCUGGUCGUCAUAGGUAAAAGGUCUCCAAAACACCCAUUCCUUUCUGGUAUUUAUUAUUUAUUGAUAGCCUGAAUAGCCUUGCCUCGAAGAUGAAUGACAGAUUCAUACACACUCACACACACACACACACACACACACACACACACACAAACACACGCGCACACACACAUACACACACAAAGACAGUGUUAAACCGUAAGUCCUUCUUUAAAACAGUUAGAUUUUUUGAUUGGAUGAAAAUAACUUCAAUCUCGAAGUGUCAUUGUGUUAUUCAAUUACAAUUACAAUUAGGGCAUCUAGCAGACGCUUUUAUCCAAAGCGACUUACAUCGGUUAAUACACACACAUAAUUAAUUAUUCCAAUGAAUUACAUGCACACAGAUUGAGAUGUGUGUGCGUGCGUGUGCGCGUGCGUGCGUAUGUGCGUGUGUGUGCGUGCGUGCGUGCGUGCGUGCGUGUGUGGAGAAAGACAUGGAGGAGAGGGGGAACACUGAGCUGGUCAGGGGGGACUGGGGGUGGGACCACCCUCCUACUGGGGUCGGUCGUACUGUACCCAAAGCCUCCAGGAACUGGACCAUGGUUUGUGUUACCCGUCAUGAGCACCCUACUCAUGGCGACACCUGCUGACGGACGCUGUGAAGACGAUGUUGGACUUGGACUUAACAGGCGCGGUGAUUAAGGCACAACGCCGUCAGGGUGGGCAGUUCUGUUCAGCCUGUAUACUCGUCAUUAUAACCCUUUACGCUCACAACACCCUGUGUUUGUCGUAGAAAUGUGUGGCCACUUCAGCGUGUUCAAUCGUACUUGUGAAUUAAAAAGGAUAAUCAAUGGUUGUUUCAGCCAAGCGCGUUGUAAAAACCAUGGAGCGUGUUGCCAAGAAAUGACUUAGAAACGGAACCACUGGUUGAACCGGUGUGUGUGUGUGUGUGUGUGACGCACUGUGACAAAUGUACCUGACAGGAGCUCCAUUCACACCCAGCAUCAAGGAAUGCAUGCUAGUUCUUCACGGCAUCGUGAGAAUUCUAGCUUAACUAGACCAGAGGGAUAAGUCGGCUUAGCUCUGGAGGUACCAGUUGUCUUGGAACCGAAAGGUUGCUAGUUCGAUCCUCAGCUCCUCCUAGCUGAGUGUUGAUGUAUCCCUGAGCAAGACACUUAACCCUAACUGCUUCCUGACGAGCUGGCUGUCGCCUUGCAUGGUUGACUCUGCCGUCGGUGUGUCAAUGUGUGUAAUAACCGAUCUAAGUCGCUUUGGAUAAAAGCGUCUGCUAAAUGCCCUAAUUGUAAUUGCACAAACAAGGUAUACUUAAACUGAUUGACAACCGGAUGUAAGAUCGAAGCGGACUUAUCACAAGUGGACGUACCCUCAGGACUCUAUACUCUAUAGUGGGGGUGUGGUCUGAUCCCCCCCAAUACCCCACAAACUCACACUGAUUUGAGGUGCCAGGCUAGUGGGUCUGGGGUAAUUGGUCACCCACUUGCCAACUCAGCCAGGAGGGAAAAUAGACCUCAUCCAUUAAAUCGGAGUGAAGAAAUAAAAGGAAACUGGUAGGUUGAAAUUACUUGAAAUUGCAAUGGAUUUCAUAGAUCCUACUAUUCUGAUGCUUAAUGCACACCUUGAUAACCCUUUACAACAUAAUUAGGUGUAAACUACGGAUUUUUGUCGUCCAUCACUUCAAAGGCUUUGUCUGGUGUGUUCUAAGUGCACCCUACUUAGCUAUGGUGCAUUCUCAACCAUGUAGACAGUGGAGGUUAUGUACAGGUAAGGAUUGUCAUGUGAUGUAAUGUGGUGUAUUUGGAUAUGUAUUUAUGGUGCGGAUUAGGGUUGGAAAAUGAAAGUCAUAGUUUCCAUAAAAAUGUUUUAAUGAUGAAUGUAGUGAUGGAACCAUUUCAACCGCUAAAAUUGAUUGACAUCAUGCCGCAGAUUUUAUUUAAGAACAACCACCAAA